UCUCCACGAGUAGCCCACUAGAGAGCCGGCACGAGGACGAGGCGUACGAAAGCAAGUAUAACCAUCCGUUCGAGGGUGUUGCUCACUUACGAUUGGCAUUCGUUUCAAGCACCAUGGUUGGCGUUGAUGAUCUAUUUGUCAGCUCUCUCGUGCACGAAUAUUUAUUGAAGAAAGAUGCAUCGUUGGCGCUCAUCUUCCAGAAGAAGACGAAAGCGCCUGCCCUACCAAAAGGAUCCCCGACGAUACUAGACGUAUUUCAGUUUUACCAAAAGAAUUCUCCGAAAAAGAUCACGGUCAUCGCGCAAAAUCAGGAAAGCAGCUCGGAAUCCAACUCGGAAAGCGAAGAGGAAACGGAAAAGAGCGUUGCACAAGUUAACGGCAAAAAAUCCACUGUUCAGAUGGUACCUCUCAAAAAAGUAACCAAAUCCUCGGAGGAGUCUUCUAGCGAAGAUGAGGAACAGGCCGAAAAAGUAACACAAAAGAAAACUACAAGUGCCAAGGUUCCUCCUGCGAAAAAGGAAGAGAGUUCAGAUGAUGAUGAUGAUGACGAGGAUGAGGACGAACCGCCGAAAGUUGAAACAAAAACAAGUGACAAAGCGAAAUCUACUCCUGCGAUUAAAGCAGCAAAGGGAAUCGUAAAAGCGCUUCAAUCGUCCACCAAAACUUCAACGAAUUCAUCCUCCGACGAUUCAUCUUCCAGCGAUUCUACGGACGAGCCAUCGACAUCCAAACAAACUAGCAAACAGUCAAUUAAGACGUCCACGCCUAAAGUAAUGGCAGUUGCAAAAACACAAAAACAGAAUAAACCGAUUGCAAAAGAAGAAUCGUCAUCAGAAUCGAGCGAGGACAGCAGUGACGAGGCAAAACCAAGCAAUGUUUCUAGCGAUCUGUCUCGUACUCUCGACACAUCAAGUUCGAAUGUCUCUAAGAAAUCAACUUCAGUAGUUGUUGCUAAGAAAAAAGAAUCUUCCCUGAGCGAAGAAGAGAGCAGCGAAGAAGAAAGCAGCGAAGAGGAACCUAAAUUAGUGGCAAAGGCGCAAAGUCAGAGUAAGCCCACGCCAGCAAAAGCAGUUAACAAAUCGGAAUCGUCAACUAGUGAAGAGAGCAGUGAGGACGAGAAGGAGUCUAGGACGAAGAAACCAAUUGCUAGUAAAUCAACAGUAGCAACCAAGGCUAGCGCCAAGAAAAAAUCCAACGACGAGGAGAAACAGUCGGUUAAGAAGCCAAUCUCGGCAGCCGCUACCAAGAAACCAGCUACAAUUGCCGCCACCAAGAAGGAAGAAUCUUCCUCGGAUGAGAGUAGUGAAGAGAGUAGUGAAGAUGAAGCAGCAGCUCCCGCUAAGCAAAAUACCGCUAAUAAAGUUGACUCUAUAAAGAAAAAAGAGUCCGAGUCAAGCGACGAUUCGAGCGAAGGUGAUUCGGAAGAUGAGGCACCUGCAAAGGCGCCGGUCAAGGCAGCUACGAGCAAAAAAGAAUCGUCAAGCGAAUCUGAUGCCAGCGAUUCCGAUGAAGAGGAGGCAAAAGUUGAGGCACCAGCUGUAGGACAGAAAAGGAAACUCGCCGACAAUACUGAGGACAAACCAACAGCCAAAGCUGCAAAAAAUAACUAUGGCAACUUUGUCAAGGCUAACAGCAACUUGAAUGGAAACAAGCCACAGAGAAAUCGUACGUUUCAACGCGUGAAAAGCGACAUCCAAUUGGAUCCUAAGUUGGCUAAUAAUUCCUUCGAAGCAAAGAAAGGCGCACGAGGUUCCUGGGGAGAACGCGCCAAUGAAGUACUGAAAUUUACUAAGGGCAAAAAGUUCCGACAUGAGAAGCAAAAGAAAAAGCGUGGUUCUUAUCGCGGAGGACAAAUAGAUAUGAGUGUUAAUUCCGUUAAAUUCGACGAUUAAACAAUUGUAUUGCUUCAUUAUCACUACUUCAUUUUCAUAUCUAGAUCAAUAAAAUAAUCGGUUAAGUUCAAUACUCAGUUUUACGAGACAAGUUGCGACAUGAAAAGCGAUAAAAAGUAUGAUUCUUGUCACAUGAGAUACCCAUAUUAAUUCCGUCAAGUUUGAUUAAACAGUCGUUAAUUUUUUUUAUUAUGACCGUAUUUAGUUAAGUAAAAUAAAUAAUUAAGUUUAACACUGAUUUAUUCUGUAAACAUGCCUAACGAAAUAUACAAGAUAAUUGUUGUUCAGUAUUUUAAAGAAAAGACUAGAUGUUUUAACGAGUUUGGCUGAAUGUGAGUAUACACUGAUGUACAAAUACAACUGCAAGUUUAAGCUAUGUGCACUAUACAUAAUUGAAAUUCAUGAAACAUAAAGUGGAAGCAAGUAAAAUAUUUCGCAUAAAUUAGCGUAUUUAACGUAGAAUAUUUUAUUCAGCUAGGUAUUUGUAUUAUGUGAUUAUGCAUAUAGUCCACAUAUACUUUUAAUCUGUAUCAUGUACAACCGAGAUUGCUAUUGGAGAAAAUUCACACUAUUGAACCCACUAUUAUCAAACAGUAUACACUCGAUAAAACCACGUGUUCCUUAUUGUUCGCAGUUGUUGAUACUUGCAACAUUUGCUUAAUUUUCCAUAUGUAUGUGUCAUGAAAGUCUGUUAAUCUUUAAUCUUAUCAAAGACAGUGCUAAUAAUACAAGAGAAGGAUGUUUUUAAGUAUACUAUAAAUUACAUUAUAACAAAUACUGUACAUUCGUUUUAGAGCAAUUAAGAGUUGAUAGUAAUAAAUGUUACAGUGUUAUUUUUUAUUACA